AUGUCCUGGUUCUCUCGCGCUGGUGGCAGCGGCGGUGGCAGUUGGGCAGGACGCUUCUCACCCUUCGGCCGUCCAGGCAACUCGCCGAAUUCGGGUGUGGUCAACGACUCGGACUUCUCAUACAUCACCAACGAAGACCUGCGGAGAAACGGUGCUGCCCAGGCUCCUGAGAUUGUGGAUUGGGACGACAAAAACCCGGAGCGCGAAACCGAUGUCUUGAUCUUCAAGGAGAAGCGCACGAAUUACCCCACACACUUUCCCGCGCACAGCAUACGCGAUGGAGAUCUCAAGAUCGGCACCGUGCGACAGGCGGCAGCGAAGAAGCUGGGCAUCGACGAUCACCGGCGGAUACGCAUGUUCUACAAGGGCCGGAACCUAAAGCACGACGAGCGCAGCGCCCGCGAGGAGGGUCUGCGAGGCGACGGAACCGGCAGCGAGAUUCUCGUCACCAUUGGCGAGGCUCCUGCCGGAGGAUUCGCGCCAGGUGCUGAACACUCAACCCAGCGUGCAUGGAGCGAAGGCGAAGACGAGGAAGACGACGACGAUGACGACGGCGACUCCGGCGCAAACACUGGAGGCAAGAAGAAGUCCCGCAAGCGCGGCGGCAGGAAGAGCAAGAAGAAGGGCCCAGCGUCCGCCAACGCAUCCGGCACCUCCACCCCAGGCUACGUCGGCCAGGGCGCAGGCUCCGAAUACCUCCCCAUACCCUCCCACAUCAAUGCGCAACCCCGUCCUACCUCCGCGCCCCCAUCAGCUCCUCGUCCAGCUGCGCCCCAGACCCCGUCUGCGAAGCUCGACGCCAUCGCCAGCAAAUUCCGCACCGAGUUCGUACCGGUUGCUAUCCAGUACAUGAACAACCCGCCGCAAGAAAAGGCAAAGCGCGAGUUUGAGUACAAGAAGCUGAGCGAGUCUAUUCUCACGCAGAUCAUCUUCAAGCUGGAUGGUGUGGAGACGGAGGGCGAUCAGGAGGCCAGGUUGCAACGGAAGGCGCUGGUCAAGGAGGUGCAGGGCAUGUUGAAUAAGUUGGAUGAGGUUGGCAAGGCUGGUUAG